CUCCAAUGUGACAAUGGUAAAGAAUUUGACAACUCUUUAUUUCCGACUUUGCUACACAACAUGAUCUACAUUUCCGUUUCUCAUGUCCAUACAUCUCCCCUCAAAAUGGCAAAGCUGAGCGUACCAUACACACUAUUAAUAACAUGGCUUGAACCUUGCUCCUACAAGCCUCCAUCCCACCAAAAUUCUGGCCUCACGCCGUCCAAAUGGCUACUUACUUACACAACAUUUUACCCUCCUCCACCCUCUCCAAUCUCUCCCCUACACAUAUUCUAUACCACAAAAGCCCAUCCUAUGACCACAUCGAGUUUUCGGAUGUUUAUGUUAUCCGCACCAUCCGCCUUCUACCGUUCAUAAAUUAGAUGCUCGGUCCAUGCCAUGCAUUGUUUUGGGUUUCCCACUCACCACAAAGGCUAUAUUUGCCUCAAUCCCCAUACUGGCAAAAUAAGUGUGUCUCGGCAUGUCAUUUUUAAUGAAAAAAUAUUUCCCUACAAGUCUUUGACCGAGACUACAACUCCACCCACUUAUAAUUUUCUCCAAACUCCUAUUAAUCCUAUCCUAUUACCCUACCUCCUGAAUACUCCUUCUACACUCCCAAUCCAUAUCCAACCGACAACUCCUGCAAGCCCCACAUCUCCACCUCCACAUACUUCUCCACCUAGCCACCACAUAUCCACUCCUCCCACACAACCCGUUGACUCACCUCCUCCCCUAAUAUCACACCAUCCAAUGGUUACACGUAGCAAGGUGAGUGUUUUCAAACCCAAACAUCCCAUAUCCCUCCUAUCUCAGACCGUCAUAAUACCCUCUCUUCUUCCCAAGUCACCUAUUCUUGGCUUACGUGACCCGAAUUGGCUAUCUGCCAUGCAAGACGAGUUUAGUGCUCUUAUUAAAAAUUGGAUGUGGGCGUUGGUUCCCCGGCCCCCUAAUACCAAUAUCAUUCGUUGUCUUUGGCUUUUCAAACAUAAAUACAGGUCCAAUGGAGCUCUUGAACGACAAAAAACACGUCUUGUAGUCAACGGUAAAUCACAACAAAUGAGCAUCGAUUGUGAUGAAACAUUUAGCCUGGUGGUUAAAUCGGCAACUAUACGGACUGUUCUUUCCAUGGCAUUACAUCACUCUUGGCUGCUCCACCAACUUGAUGUCAAAAACGCUUUCCUUCAUGGCAAUUUGGAGGAAACCGUCUACAUGCAUCAACCUCCCGGCUUCCGUGACCCCAACAAGCCACACCAUGUUUGCCAACUUCUCAAAUCAAUUUACGGCCUCAAACAAGCUCCCCGAGCAUGGUAUCACCGGUUCUCUUCUUUCCUUUCCACUGUUGGAUUCCGCAACAGUGUAUGUGAUCCAUCAUUAUUUAUAUAUCACCAUGAUCACCACACAGCCUACCUCCUGUUAUAUGUGGACGACAUCAUCCUCACCACCUCCUCCGCUGAUCUUCGUUGCUCCAUCAUUAAAACUUUGGCCACUGAGUUCUCUAUGACUGACCUUGGACCCCUCAGUUAUUUUUUAGGAAUUGCCGUCACUCGUCACCCACACGGUAUCUUUCUUAAUCAAGCCAAAUAUGCCAAUGAAAUCCUCUCUCGGGCUAGUCUCUCUGACUGUAAUUCUGUGGCUACACCAGUUGACACAAACUCCAAGCUUAGUGCAACUGCCGGGCCACCGGUCGAAGACCCUACUCUUUACCGCAGCUUAGCCGGCGCCCUUCAAUAUCUUACUUUUACACGCCCGAAUAUCUCCUACGCCGUUCAACAAAUUUGUCUAUUCAUGCAUGACCCCCGUGUCCCUCAUCUACAUGCCCUCAAGCGGAUUCUUAGGUACAUUAAAGGCACUCUUCAUUUCGGUCUUCAUCUCCGGCCGUCGCCCAUUGAUAGCUUGAUUUCCUAUUCCGACGCGGACUGGGGUGGCUGCCCAGACACCCGUCGGUCAACCUCCGGCUAUUGCGUUUACCUCGGUGACAACCUACUCUCAUGGUCUUCGAAACGCCAGGCUACUCUUUCUCGUUCAAGUGCCGAAGCCGAAUACAGGGGCGUCACUAACGUCGCUGCUGAGACGUGUUGGAUACGCAAUCUCCUUUUAGAACUUCAAUGCCCUCUCUCCAAGGCUACAUUGGUUUAUUGUGAUAAUAUAAGUUCAGUUUAUAUGUCUGGCAAUCCUGUUCAACAUCAUCGCACAAAACAUAUAGAAAUGGAUAUACAUUUUGUUCGGGAAAAAGUAGCACGUGGGGAAGUUCGGGUUCUACACGUUCCUUCUCGGCACCAAUUUGCAGAUAUUUUCACCAAAGGGCUUCCUUGGAUUUUAUUUGAUGAAUUCAGGUCCAGUCUAAGCAUUUGGCCACCUCCCGCUUUGACUGAGGGGGGGUGUUAACGUACACAUGUCCCAUGCUUGGCACAUGCAUGCAUAGCGGACUACAUCGCCCACAUGCAACGGCUCGACACAUGCAUGCAUCACGGAGGACUUCACCCACAUGCAAUGGUUUCCAUUUCACUCACCAUAAUACUCGGUAUUAGCAAUUAUUGAUAAAUAUUUAAUAUCAUUUGAAUUAUUGUUGUACCCAUAUGAAUGCAGAGCUCGCGUACUACGGAUGGAUAGUGAUAGAAUUUGUUAUUUAGCAUUCUUAUCUGUACACAUCACAUGUAAUACCAUGUGUGUAUAUAUAUAUAUAUACACUACGAAUGGAAUGAAAGGGCACACGUUGAAUUCCAAUUAAGACAACCUUGCUUCAAUUUGUUUCUGCACUUAAAACAAUGUUCUUAAUCCUGCACAAGAUACUACCUAACAACCACCAUUUACCUUACCCAUUUUAAGAUUGGGUAGGUAAUAACAACUAUGGUUUUUCCCAUUCAUUUCUUUCGGUUUUACCCGUUUUAUUGUAUGAGCAUUGAAAAAUGAGAAGUCACAAGAAAGAGAAGUCAAAAAAAUGAGAAGUCAAAAAAUGAGAAAUUCAAAAUAAUGAGAAGACAAAAAAUGAGAAGUCAAAAAAAAAGAAAGAGAAGACAAAAAAUGAGAAGUCAAAAAAAAAGAAAGAGAAGUCAAGAAAUGAGAAGUAAAAAAAAUGAAAGAAAAAAUGAGAAGACAACUUCAAAAUCCAUCUGUUGAAUAAUUGCAGUUUUUGUCUUUCUUGCUAACAGAAGUCGAUAUGCACAGAGGAGUUUGUCCCCUUCUCUACUUUGCAAGUUGCAAAACUAUGGUAAGAGUUCUUUAAUAAAUACGGAUUAUACUUAAAAA